CGAUGUCGUGAUACGCGGUGAUCAGCGGUGACAGCGACUCGCGCUUCUCGUGUCUUCUACCCGUCGUGUGUCUUCACUCUUCAGUCGAGAGAGAGACGAGAAGCAGAAAGAAAGAGUGGCGCGAAAGGAAGGGAGAGAGAAAGAGGGAGGGAGAGACGUCGCCGUCGCCGCCGCCGCUGUUGUCCUCCUCCUCUCCUGCGCGUCCCGCGUUUCGAUAUUCCUCGUCGCCGUCGGAUAAUCCCGUGGGAAGGAAGGGCGCUCGCGGGAUUGAUCGUGCGCAUGUACAGGCGCGCGUACGUGUGCCGUGUGCGCGCGUGUGAGCGAACGAGCGAGCCUUAACCUGCCUGCCUGCCUGCCUGGUGCCUGCCCGCCUGGUGUCUGCCCGUUCCCGCGAACGCGAGAGCGGCGCGCUCGACGAAAACUGCGCGCUCGCUGGUGCAUGAAUGGUACAUGAGUCGACUGGACGACGGUGCCGAGCUGAAGCGGGAUCUCUUAUGGAGGAUAGCCGAGUGUGACGGUAGCUGCGGGCGACGUGCGGGGCUCAUACAAGGUGGCACGGGAUAACGUCAAGAUUCUUCCACCAAUGUCCACAUUGGCACAUCUCUAGCGGCUUUAUUACAAUCAAUCAGAAUGCUGAUCACAUAGCGUAUACCGGGCUAUAAACCACACUUUGGACACAAAUCUCCCGAUAGACUAUGCGCUGCGCGACAUAGAAAAAUUCAUCUAGGAUAUUUAGGAUAUUUAAUGUUUAAUGCACAUUUCGGCGUCGUCUUUCAACUGAACGUUUUCUUCCGUAUCGAGAAGUACUGCAUCCCUCGCGGCAACGAGACCAAAACCUCCAUUGAUUAACUCCUCCAUCCAGAUUGAAGAUGACCAGCAGACUCGAGGAAACAGAGCAGAAAUGGACUUGCGAAUACUGCACUUAUGAGAAUUGGCCCUCUUCCUUGAAAUGCACCAUGUGCAGGGGCGCCAAGCCUCUCCUGGGCGAGGACAUCUACCGUCUUCGGGAUCCUAGCCCGCAAAGAGGCUCCUCCAACGUCGCUUCCGGCCCCGUGUCCCAGAUAAGCCCCACGGACAACUUUACCUCGCAAAAUUACAGCCAGAAUCUGCCUUCGGCGGGAAAGUGGGCCUGCAGCAUGUGCACUUAUCUUAAUUAUCAGAAUACAACGCGGUGCGUACAGUGCAGCAAUCGGAAGCCGGUCAAUCAGUCUGUCAAUUCAUUAGCAUCGAAUCUACACGAACAUUUAGCACCGUUGCGACUGGCCGAUGGACCACCAAACACGGGAUCGAAUUCCCAAUUGAAUCCCUCGCCGAUCAAUCUCCAUCCGGAAAGAUUGUACAAUAUGCAUCCGGACAAGUGGUCUUGUCAUGUGUGUACUUACGAGAAUUGGCCCAAGGCAACUAAAUGCGUCAUGUGCGGUCAUCUGAAGGAGAAGGAUAGAAGGGAUAAGGGAACGCAGGGCAACGUAGGGGUGAUUUUACCGAGUCCCGAGCGGGAACAUAGUCAACGGGGCUUACCAUCGCCCCCACAUGCACCAUAUAUUCAUCAGACGCAGAGAGAGGAUAAUUUAGCGAUAGGAAGGAGAGGUCCGCAUAGGUAUGCAGAGAGCCGGAAUGACAGUUUGUCAACUCCUCAAUCUCCGAAUAACUGUGAUUACGAGCGUCGAUUGAAGCAAUUAAGACGCCAUACCGAUUGGUGUUGGCUAAACGCUUGUCUCGGUAUUGUCGAGGGUGACAACACUCCUGUUGAAGCUUAUCUGGCAAGCGGCGGCGAUCCUGCCCGCCAAUUGACGCAUUCUGAGGUCUUGCUCCUCAAUAGAAGCAGCGCGUUCGACGUUGGGCACACCUUGGUGCACUUGGCUAUUAGGUUUCAAAGGGAAGAUAUUUUAGCAACAUUGCUGUCACAAAUUGAAGGUUCGGGCUCAGGGGUGAAAAGGGUACCGAGUUACGUUGCACCUGAUCUCGCGGUACAGAUUCGGCGACAUGUCACCAACAGUAUACGCUUACGCAAGGGCUCAUUUCCCUGUUAUUUCGUUACCGACAUGGCUACCUUCGCGUUACCAGCCGAGGUUGAGGAUCUGCCGAGUAUUGUACAAGAGCAGAUGCUAGAGGAAUUGUUAGAUAAGGAAGCUCAACAGCAAUUGGAAGGCGGUGGUGGCGAACCGCCAGCUCUAAAUUGGUCUUUAGAAAUUACCGAACGAUUAGGUAGUCGUUUACAUGCGCUCUGGAACCGAUCGGCCGGGGAUUGUCUUCUAGAUUCUGCUAUGCAGGCUACUUGGGGUGUUUUUGAUAGAGACAAUGCUCUAAGGAGAGCGCUGGCUGACACCUUACAGCAAGCCGGUCAAUUCUUUUAUCCUCGUUGGAGAGAGUAUGAAGCCUCGCAAGCAUCUAGGAUGUUAGAUUUCACUUUAGAAGAAACACAAUGGCAAGAAGACUGGGAAAGCUUGUUAGCAACGGCCGCUCAACCCGGAAGCGCGUUAGAACAAUUGCACGUGUUUGCCCUUGCCCACAUUUUGAGACGACCCAUUAUAGUCUACGGAGUUAAAUAUGUUAAAAGCUUUCGCGGCGAAGAUAUAGGCUAUGCAAGAUUCGAAGGUGUUUAUCUACCAUUAUUAUGGGAACCCUCAUUUUGCAUCCGUUCACCAAUCGCAUUGGGUUAUACCCGUGGCCAUUUCACGGCGUUGGUUCCAAUUGAACCCUACGCUUCGUCCAGAAUACCGCCUCUCGCGACCCACGGGGUAGUGAGCGGGAACAACAGUCCACUCGAGCAGCUACAAAUCCAGAUGCAGACCACCUUUAUGCCACUAAUGGAUCGCGAGCAUAAGCUUCUGCCAAUACACUUUCUCACGACGGAUGAGAUCGGUCGCGAGGAAUCAAUCUACAAGGAGUGGUUGGACGUAUGCAGAACCGAGGGUGGAAUACUUGUAGCGCAGCAGAAACUUCACAAGAGACCUCUGCUCGUUGCGCAAAUGUUGGAGGAAUGGCUGAAUCAUUAUCGUAGAUUAGCUCAAACUAACGAGGCACCCUUUUCGAGACCACCCACAUUACAGGAUUAUAGUAGCGAUGGUGAUACUGAAGACGAGUAGUGUAGUAAUUUUAAGAGAGAAGUGUUGCGACUGACAUGAGAAGCAUCUCCAUUUCUCACAAGAUUAUUCUCGACCGAAAAUUAUAAAAUGGUUAGUAUUAAUAAAACGAAAACUAUACGUGAAUGCCGUACUUUCAUGAGUAACUCGCGAUACAGAGAAACUACUACGUCCAUACACUGGCAAUGUACCAUUAAAAAAAGUGAAAACGUCGCAUCGCUAUGGAUCAUUUUUGCAAAGCAAAAAUUGUAAAGUUUGAAUUAGGAUUUAUGAAUUGUGUACCAAACUUUUCUCUCUCUCUCUCUCUCUCUCUCUCUCUCUCUCUCUC